UCACCUUUCCCCCAGCGGUAGGCCACACCCCUCAGAGUGUGUGUGUGUGUGUGUGUGUGUGUGAGCUGAGCGUGGACUCUGUUCUGCUGCGGUGAGAGGAGGACGACACUCAUUCAACCAUGGACCAAAACCUGGUUAUCCCGCUGCUGUUGGCCGUGUCGGUGGUGGUGGUGACAGUGUUGUAUUUCCUCCUGGGAGGAUCUGAUGAAGGCAGAAAGAAAGGGCCCGUCACUCUCCAAGACCCCAUGACCAAAUACCCCCUGCCCCUCGUAAAGAAGGAGGAAAUCAGUCACGACACAAAGAAGCUUCGGUUCGGCCUUCCCUCUGCAGCUCACGUCCUUGGACUGCCAGUGGGUCAGCAUGUGUAUCUGUCGGCCAAGGUCAGCGGCUGCCUGGUGGUCAGGCCCUACACACCGGUGUCCAGCGACGAGGACCAGGGAUUUGUCGACCUCGUAGUUAAGGUCUACUACAAAAACACCCACCCCACCUACCCAGACGGGGGACAGAUGUCUCAGUACUUGGACGAGAUGCGUAUCGGAGACACCAUAGACUUCCGAGGACCCAGCGGGCUUCUGGUGUAUAAGGGCAAAGGUCAGUUUUCCAUCAGACUCAACAAGAAGUCGGAGCCAAACAUUCAGAAAUGUAGGCACGUUGGAAUGAUCGCUGGUGGAACAGGGAUCACUCCAAUGCUGCAGUUGAUCCGCAGGAUCACAUCAGAUCCCUCCGACAACACAAAGUGCUCUCUCAUAUUCGCCAACCAGACUGAGAAAGACAUCUUACUGAGGGAGGAGCUGGAGGAGGUCCAGAAGAGCCACCCUGACCAGGUUAAGGUCUGGUACACUCUGGACAAACCUCCACAGGAGUGGAGCUACAGCUCAGGAUACGUGACCCACGACAUGAUCAAAGCCCACCUCCCAGCUCCGUCCACCGACGUCCUCGUGGUCCUCUGCGGACCCGCGCCUAUGAUUCGCAACGCCUGCCUGCCCAAUCUGGAAAAACUGGGGCACAAAAAUGAGAAUAUUUUUGCCUACUAGUGUUCAGCCAGUCUGUCAUUAUUGUCAUUUUCAUGUAUUGAACACAUGAUGUAGCUUUAGUGUCGCAAACAUUCCAAAUGACCAAGUAUUGUCAGCCAUGAUAUCAAUUUUGUUGAAUAAAAAUAUAAAAUUAAGU